CAGCGAAACAACGAAGAAGAAAAAACGUUCAAUUAAAUGUCAUUUGAACGUCAAAUGUUUUAAUCAAAUUUAAAAGUUUUGUGUAGCUUAAAAUAUUCGAGUUUGAACGAAAAACAGCGCUAGGCAAAUGCACACAAAAUGAAAUUCGACCAAGAGUACAAAUAGAUUUGACGAUUAAAUUGUUGUGCUAAGCCGUGUCAGCUUACCGUACAUAGUCAUCAAAAUAGAACAUUAAACUAGGAAAAAUUGCAAUAAUUUAAAUUUGACAACUAUGACUGAUGCAGGAGGUACGAUUCCUGAAAUAAAUCCGAUACCAGCACCUACUGGCGGAACAAAUAAUUUAAAUAAUAACAACAACAAUAAUCGGCCACGACCGGUGGAUCCUUUAAUAAAUGUGAGAGAUAGGCUUUUUCAUGCACUGUUCAUCAAAACAGCAUUAGCUUAUUCGCAAGCAGUUCCUAAACCAAUCCGAAGAGUGAUCGAAUUAUGUUUUCUACUGAAAGCGUUACUGGCCUUUUUCGUGCUAAUCUACAUACAUAUAACAUUUUCACAGACGCCAGCCACAUGCUUGGACCACGUCAAAGGCAAUUGGCCGCGGGAAGGAGUUUUACGAGUCGAAGUUCCACGUCAGUUGCCGAACGAAAAACUUACUGAAAUCGAUAUCGAUGAGGCCCACCUUGAGUUACUGAUCAACAAACACAAAGGAGGUGUAAUCAGCAUAGACCCCUCGAAGCCAUUACUGCAUGAACAAGGAGACGAGCUUGGUAAAAUGGAACGAAUUCCACAACCACUACCAACGGCGUCGCUCAACGAUACGAAGCCCGAAACGAUGUCAACUGAAUUCAAUCACAACCAUUCCGAUCACGUUUAUAUGGAAACAACCACAAGUGUAUUUGCCGAUACUGAACGUGCUGAUGGUGGUGACGAAAAAAGUGAGAGCGACAAAACAAUUGCUGUGGAUGGUCAUGAUGCUGAGGGUACUAUUGUAAACGAUCAGAUGCAGACAUUGACCUACCCGAAUGAAACAUUGGAAAAGGAUCAGAAAGAGGAAGAAGAAGGGGAAGUGGAAGGGAAAAGUUCUAGUGGAGGAUGGACCGACGAUCAGUACAUUGUUGAGUACUCACUGGAAUAUGGUUUCCUGCGUCUGUCAUCAGCUACGAGAAAGAAGUUAAACAUUCCGGUGCAAACUGUGCUACUGGAUCCGCAAAAAGACACUUGCUUCGGUGAUUCACUCAGUCGGUUCAUUUUGAAAGAGUUUCUGGGAUAUGACGACCUUCUGAUGGCAUCGGUGAAGGUCCUGGCUGAACAGGAAGACAACAAAGGCUUUUUGAGAAAUGUGGUCACCGGCGAACAUUAUCGAUUCGUUUCAAUGUGGUGGUUUUCACGCGGAUCAUAUCCGGCUGCAUUUUUCAUUAUGAUCUUGUUUACCGUAUCGAUUUCCAUGUUGUUGCGAUAUUCACAUCAUCAAAUUUUCGUCUUCAUAGUUGAUCUGCUGCAAAUGCUGGAAUUUAAUGUAGCAGUACGAUUUCCUGCAGCCCCGUUGUUGACAGUUAUUCUAGCGCUUGUUGGUAUGGAAGCCAUAAUGUCAGAAUUUUUCAAUGACACCAGCACAGCCUUUUAUAUAAUUUUAACUGUUUGGGUGGCAGACCAGUACGACGCCAUAUGCUGCCACAAUUCCAUUACGAAACGCUAUUGGUUGCGAUUUUUCUAUUUGUAUCACUAUUCGUUCUACGCUUACCAUUAUCGUUUCAACGGACAGUACAGCAGUUUGGCAUUAAUAACUUCCUGGCUAUUUAUUCAGCAUUCAAUGGUCUAUUUCUUCCAUCACUACGAGCUACCAGUAAUUAUGCAACAAGCUCAACUCCAACAGCUUAUCAUUCGUUCCCGCCAGCAAACUCAACAACAGCAACAGACCAAUCAGAGAUCCCCAACUCCAGCAGCAGCUGGAGCACAUCCAUCUCCAAUACGUCGAAUUACAUUAACAAACCUAAAUCUUCCCAAUGUCAACCAAGGAAACAACGAUAACAACAAUAAUGCGAACAUUUUGGUUACAUUCGGAACGUACAUCAGGCAAAAUGUCCGUUUGCUUAAUAUAUUCCAAACGUUACGCAAUGUACUGUGGAAUGGCAUCGUAAAUCCGAAUUUGAACCACACUAACACACCCCGCAUACGAAUGAUUAAUUUACGUAACAAUUUACGCCAAAUAAAUUUGGGUGGCAUCGAAAUUCGACCAUCGGUGAACGGUAACAGUAAUGCCGACACCCGUAGCACAUUUCAGCGCAAUUACGAUGAGAAUAAUUUUCGUCUGCCAGAUGCUGAAAACUCAAAUGAAAUUCUCAGCAAUCGAAGUGCUACAACCGAAAAUACCAACGCAAACACCUUAUCCAGCACACCGAAUACGGUGACAAUGAAUGAUGCCACGGACGAAUCGAAUGAAGAACGAGAGGCUGAAAAAGAACGAAUCAUUAAGACGGACGAACAAUCAACGGUAACCGAAACAAAGGAAGUGAAUGAUGCCAACAUCGAUGAAUAUUCAUUUGAAAUAAUUGAAAACAAACACCACCGAAAUGAAUUUAAUGAUCCGUCCGAAAGUGUAACACCUUCGCAAAGCGAUACACCCGGUACGGUGGGCGACAACGGCUUUACGAACGAUAACUACAACAAGAAUAUCGACAACAUUGAUGCUGUUGCUGCUGAUGAUGAUAAAACAACAACAAUUACCGGUAUCCCCGUCACCCAACCAAAUACAAAGUCAAAUCAAACGAUUUUAUUAGAAAAAAUGGAAACACAAGAAGACAAUAGCAUAGACGAAUGUAAGGGACAUGAAAAUUUAUUUACAGAAAGUUCCUCGGAGGAAAUUUGUAGUUCAAAUAAAGGUGAUACGGGAAAUUGUAAUGUUAAAAGCCGGGGAAAUGAGUUUGUUGAAGGUGAGGAAGUGGAACGGAAUGUUAGAGAUACAGACGUCGUAGCAGAUGGCAAAGAUAUUGGCGAAACAGAUUGUGAUUUAAGUGGCAAGUGCAAAAUGAAUUAGAAAAUUUAAUAAAUAAAAAAUGGAAAAUUUCAUAUUUGUGCAUUUAAUGAUGAUGGGGAAUUUAUUGUUUUCGAUUUUGCAUUUUUAAUUGAAACAAAUUUAAUUGAACAAAAAAGAAUUGAGAUGAUGAUUUUGAGCGAAGCGAGCGAAAGAAAAACGAUGCAAAUGACAUUUCAGUUGUAGAUAAUUUUCUCCAAUUUUUCUCGUUUUUUUUUGUUUGUUUUUCCUUUCACAAUGAAUUCAAUGCUGUGUUCAUAUAUCACUCCAUUAACAUUAUAUAUUUAACCAAACAUAAUCGAAUGGACGCUUUAGUACUUUUGCUUAGCAUAAUUAAUAAUUGUUUGAAUGAAAGAGUUGUGAAUUUUCUGUUGUUGUUAUUAGGUUUAAAAAACACAAUAAUUGUUUCUGAUGCAGUUAUGUUGAUACUGUGAACAUAAUCUAAGAAAUACAUAAGAAUUUGUCAAUGAAAAAAAAAA